CUCAGACAGACCGUGGCCCGGGAUCAGACAGCGUCUCAGGCGAGUCCGAGACGCGUCCCCAGCCCGCCAUGGCCUGGCUGCUCCGGGCAUCCUGCCUUCUCUCUCUGCUCCUGGCCGGCUUCGUCCCGCUAAGCCGGGGGCAGAAGUCGAAGGUGGACUGCCACGCUGGCAUGAGUGGCACCAUCUACGACUAUGGAGCCCUCACCAUCGACGGGGAGGAAUACAUCCCCUUCAAGCAGUAUGCUGGCAAAUACGUCCUCUUUGUCAACGUGGCCACCUACUGAGGCCUGACAGGCCAGUACAUUGAACUGAAUGCACUACAGGAAGAGCUUGCACCAUUUGGUCUGGUCGUUCUGGGCUUCCCCUGCAACCAAUUCGGAAAACAGGAGCCAGGAGACAACUCGGAGAUCCUACCUGGCAUCAAGUACGUGAGACCGGGUGGGGGCUUCGUCCCUAAUUUCCAACUCUUCGAGAAAGGAGAUGUGAACGGGGAGAAAGAGCAGAAGUUCUACACGUUCCUGAAGAACUCCUGUCUCCCCACCUCGGAUCUCCUGGGCUCACCUAACAGCCUCUUCUGGGAACCCAUGAAGAACCAUGAUAUCCGCUGGAACUUUGAGAAGUUCCUGGUGGGACCAGACGGUAUACCCAUCAUGCGCUGGCACCACCGGACCACCGUCAGCAACGUCAAGAUGGACAUCCUGGCCUACAUGAGGCGGCAGGCAGCCCUGGGGGUCAGGGGGAAGUAACUGAGACCUGUCCCAGCCCAUGUCCACCAUACAGGGCUGGGGAGGAUGUCCGUUCAGGAAGGAAUCCAUUUUUCCUGCCACACCACACUCCCGCCAGACCCCUUCCUAUUACACAGGGCCCCAAGCUGAUAUGAACGUGUGCAUAUCGUUGUGUCUAUACUGCUGUGCAUGUGGGUGUUUGCACACAUGCCUACAGGUGUGUGUGACUAUGUGUGUGAAUGCACGAGUGUACUGCCACACGUGUCCACCAGCACGAAUACCCAGGAGUGUGCGCCGAUGUGUACCCACAGCUGUGUGCUGUGGAGAGCGCUAGAGAGCAACAGCCCUCUCUCUCCAGUUUUCUGCUCCAAUGAUAACAAUUCACUUUCAGCUGAGCCCAAAGGAAAAACAAACCAGCUCUAGAUCCAAUUGUUCUCCACCUGGACCUCAGCUUUGGGGCCACCAUCCCCCACUGCCUCCAGAUACCACCUCUGAAGUGCCCAGAAGUUUCUGGGUCUACCACACUGCCUGAACUGCCCUUUCCAUAGUACAGCCACUUUCCUUCCUGAAGGGCCCUCCCUAGCCUCCUACCCCACCCCACAGUACCCGCCCCGCCCCCAGCAGCCAGGGCAGAUGUGAGAGCAAGGGCCACGUUCCCCUGUCCGGGGUGGCAUCUCCAUGAGGGAGGGGCCCGAAGCCCUUGUGGGCGGACCUCCCCUGAGACUGUCUGAAGGGCCAGCCUUAGUGCAUUCAGGCUGAGGCCCCCAGGCAGCGAUGCCGCCCCCGCUACUUCGGAGGAUGUGCCCUCACCCCUCACCCUGGCCCACUGGCAUGAGACUCACCCCUGCCUGCCUAGUAAAGGCCUUUCUGCAGCA